ACACAGAGCCUGUCUAACCACACACUCACAGAGACACACAGACAGACAGUCGUAGACAGACCGAGAGUCUGAAAGAUCUUUUAAAAAUGUCCGGCAUUGCAAGUAAACUUCAGCACAACCGAGAGAAAUCACACGGGAUAGGGUCCAACUCUCACGCUGUGAAAUACCUCAACCAGGACUUUGAAUCCCUGAGGAACAGCUGUCUGGAGAGAGGACAACUGUUUCAGGACGACUGCUUCGAGGCUCUCCCUUCAUCCUUAGGCUUCAAGGAUCUUGGACCAAACUCCCACAAAGUUCGGGGCGUCACCUGGAAAAGACCCAGGGAAAUUUGUUCCAAUCCACAAUUCAUAGUUGAAAAUGCUACCAGGACUGACAUUUGUCAAGGAGCACUUGGUGACUGCUGGCUGCUGGCAGCUAUCGCCUCCUUGACUCUCAACAAACAGGUUUUGUCUCGUGUCGUCCCCCAUGACCAAAGCUUUGAGAAGGACUACGCUGGCAUCUUUCACUUUGAGUUCUGGCAGUUUGGUGAGUGGGUGGACGUGGUGGUCGAUGACCGCUUGCCAUCCAAAGAUGGAGAGCUGCUGUUUGUUCACUCAGCGGAGGGCUCAGAGUUUUGGAGCGCACUGCUGGAGAAGGCCUAUGCCAAGAUAAACGGAUGCUACGAGGCUCUUUCUGGAGGCACCACCACUGAGGGUUUCGAGGACUUCACUGGAGGCAUUGCUGAGAAGCACGAACUGGGCAGGGCAAAUCCCCACCUCUUCAAAAUCAUUAAGAAGGCCUUGGACAGAGGCUCCCUGCUGGGAUGCUCCAUCGAUAUCACCAGUUCGUCCGACUCAGAAGCCGUCACAUAUCGCAAGCUGGUGAAGGGCCACGCCUACUCAUUGACAGGAGCUGAUCAGGUGGAGUACAGAGGAGACAGGGUGGAGCUGGUCAGGAUUAGAAACCCGUGGGGUCAGGUGGAGUGGAAUGGAGCCUGGAGUGACAAGUCUUCUGAGUGGAGAUAUGUGAGUGACGAUGACCGGGCGAGGCUGACCAACCGUAAAGAGGACGGAGAGUUCUGGAUGUCAUAUACUGACUUCCUCCGCCAAUAUUCUCGCCUUGAGAUCUGCAACCUCACCCCUGAUGCACUCACAGGCGAUGAGUUCAAGAAGUGGGCUGAGUCCGAGUUUGAAGAAACGUGGAGAAGAGGCGUGUCAGCUGGCGGCUGCAGAAACUUUCCAAAUUCCUUCUGGAUGAAUCCUCAGUUUGUCAUAAAGCUGGAAGAGGUGGAUGAUGACCCUGAUGAUGGUGAGGAGGGCUGCACCUUCAUCGUGGGUUUGAUGCAGAAGAACAGGCGCGCUAUGAGGAAAAUGGGGCAGGACAUGGAGACCGUCGGCUUUGCCAUCUACGAGCUGCCUGAGGAGUACUAUGGCCAAAAGCAAGUGCACCUGAAGAAAAACUUCUUCCUGCGCAACAGUUCAGCGGCGCGCUCCGAGACCUUCAUCAACCUGCGAGAAGUGAGCAACCACAUCAAUCUUCCGCCUGGAGAAUACCUCAUCAUCCCCUCCACCUUUGAGCCCAACAAGAACGGAGACUUUUAUGUGCGGGUGUUCUCUGAGAAACCGGCCUCUUUCCAAGAGAUCGAUGAUCCUGUAGACUGCCAUGUUGCGCAGAUUAAUAUAGAUGAAGAUGACAUCAGUGACAGAUUCAAGAGACUGUUUGGACAGCUUGCCGGACAUGAUGUGGAGAUUUCUGCAUUCGAGCUGCAGAGGAUCCUCAACCGAGUGGUGGCGAACAGAGAUGACAUCAAAACCAGUGGGUUUAGCCUGGUGACUUGCCGCAACAUGGUCGAUCUGCUGGAUAAAGACGGAAGCGGAAAGCUAGGAUUGGUAGAAUUUAAGAUCCUGUGGACAAAGAUUGAGAAGUUCCUGGACGUGUACAAAGAGAGAGACGUAGACAAGAGUGGCAGCAUGAGCUCCUCUGAGAUGCGGAUGGCUGUUGAGGAUGUUGGUUUCUCUCUCAACAACGCUCUGCAUCAGAUACUUGUGGCCCGAUACAGUGAGCCAUGCCUCACCAUUGACUUUGACAACUUUGUGUGCUGCAUGGUCCGCUUGGAGUCAAUGUUCAACACCUUCAAGGUCCUGGACAAGGAUGGGACUGGUCAGAUAAAGUUGGGGUUUAUGGAGUGGCUGGAACUGGCGAUGUUGUAGAGAGGAGCUGCGACUGUUAACAGCUGAAGAAUCCAGACUUGUGUUGAAG